GACUCGAAAACAAAUUCGUCCACGUUGAUGUUUUCUUCAUCCAUUGCCUCUCGUAAUCGGGCUUGCAAUUCGGCUUUCAACCCAUUCGUUGCUAAGCCUCGUCGUUCCAACUCCUUUUGAGUUGUGGUAUCUUUAAAUCGUUGAAGAUUAUCUCCUAUGGAAUUUUAUUUGUCAAUCCCACUUCCGACACCAAUUGUAACGGAUUUCCAAAAUAAAUCGUUUACGCUGAAACUCUACCUUGAGUUCGAUCACUGAAUUGUCAAAUAAAAGUCACUGUUUAAUGGUUAUACACUUAUCUUUAUUUCUAAUUUAACAAUCUUAACACUUUAUUACUUGUUCUACAAGUUUACAACUUCUUACUUCUAAUUUCUUGCACUUUACUCGGCAACUCUCUGAUUAGAACUGUGUCUUGCUGCCAGUCCGGCAGGCCUUAUAUACCCGAUUGUUAGCAAGUUAUCGUCACUCGAACAUUCUGGCAACUACGAAUAUCGAUAUCUGGAUAAAUCUGGCAAGUUAUCGAUUUCGUUGUUGAUUCUAGUUUAUUCUAGCAUACAUGUUCGUCACAAUAUGAUCCCAUUCUCCGUUCUUAACUAAAGCGGCAAAUACACUUGUAGACUUGUAUGCAUACCGGAUCGCAACACUAUAAACUUGUGCGACAUGUUGUUCAGCCAUCAUUUCGUUGUAAUCCUUGAAGUUAGCGGACGUAAUGGCAUCGGACGACGAAAUUGCUUAUAAUUUCUGUGUGCACUGAGAACGAAAAGAAAAGAAAGGUAAAAAAGCAAAAAGAACGAUUUUGGUGUGAAAAUUUUUAUAAAGAACGGCCAAAAUAUUCACACGUACCACUUCUUAAGGAAUUGGAAACAAAGAAGAUUGAAGAUUCUUGGAUUUCUUUGAACGGGAUUUAUUUGAACAGAUUUCAUGUUAAGGUUACCUAACUGCCCAUGUAGCUGAAUCUCCUCAAUACCUCGUUUUGCAAAUAUUUGCUGCUCCGCGGAUAAUUUUCUGAAUAAAAUGGCUCAUGAUUCAAAAAAUACGUCAGCAUCAUCACGUUCUAUUCUUGAAUUCUUGACUUGGUCUAGAUGUUGUAGGUCCUUUUCCAGAAAUUCUGAAUUUUUAUCUGUUCUCUUUCGUUUUCGUGUGCUUUCACAAUCUAAAAAUAUAUACUUUUCUUCCAGACACAAAAAAAACGAAAAUUUGUGGAAAUCUUUUGCUGCUAUACAAUGUGGAACUUCCCCAACUGCUGGAUCAAUAGACGGCAAUUUCCAUAAUAUUUUUUCACUUCUAAACAUUUGGAUGAAAUCGCGCCAAAACUUAUUAUCCGUUAAAGCCAUUGCGCGCGAGUUAUCGACGCUGAAGACAGCCUAAGUAAAUUUCACACCUAAACAAACAAUAAAAAUUCCUGCAUUAUAAACACAACAGACAGAAUUCCAUAACGAAAAACUGAUAAGCAUAACAAAACUAUAUUUCUUCUAGCAAGAUAACGGAUAUCGAAUUACAACAAAGAAGUUGCAUGCAGACAACAGCAGUCGCAUUCCAUUAGUAUAAAUAGCACUAAGAUUAUAAAAUGUAGUCAGUAAGGAAUUAUGAAUAAAAAAGGCAACACGAAAAUAAGUGUACUGCCCAAAUAAAGAUAAUUUCUUUUACUCACGACAAAAAACAGUUUGUUAACUGGGGGCUCAAACCGGUCUUUAAGCCAGCUCUAUCCAUUGAGGAAAAGGAUAGAAUAAAUUCCACGGGAAGUUGGACUUCCCGCACUAGAUCUUUGAAAAAGGUGCUUAAAAUUGAACAAAGAUAAAAAUAAUAUUCCUGCAAAACCUGGAAAAGAAUAACGGAUAAGUCUUGAUAUAUAGAUAAAACAGUCAAGCAACGUUAUACCAACGGACAUCACAAUACGCUGGAAUCUCAUAAAAAGAGACAAAAGCCGUUCAAUUUGUGUCGUCCCUUAUUGAACACCGACGUCAAGAUAACAACACAAGAAAUCGCAAGCUUUAGAGCACAAAUCACUGCUCUGACCACAACGCUCACUGAAACUCAACAAAGAUUGAAUUCGUUCGAAACCUCACAAACCAAUACCAGGACUGUACACCAAACAUCACAGAUGAAUCACAAAUUAACUUAGAAAUCUUCAAAACCUUGCCGGUCUUCACAGGCGAUAUGAACCAUUAUAGGUCAUGGAGAAAACGUGCCUGGACGCACAUAAGGAACAUCAAAAAUUACGCAACUACACCCAUGUACUACACGGAACUCUCGAUUGUCCAUUCCAAAAUUCAAGGAUAGGCAGCCGAUAUUUUAAUCAACCACAACACCAAGUUCAACUUCUAUUCAAUCAUAAAUCGUCUCGAUUAUACUUAUGCGGACCAGAGACCUCUGUAUGUUUUGCUCGAAGGAAUGAAAAGAAUAAAGCAAGGAAAAUGGGCUCUGGCAGAGUUCUAUUCCGAAGUCAGCAUGUCACUAAAUCUUGCACUCACUAAAGUUGAUAUGGAUAAUCAUGGAUCAGGAAAUCCAUCAGCUAUGAUAGAAUAUGCGAACCGGGAAGCUGUAAGGACAUUCAUUCUCGGUCUGAACAGCAAAUAUACUAGCGGCACCCUCUACAGCCACAAUCCAAAGGACUUAGAAACCGCCUACGCUAUCGUAAGUCCGAUAUACCAUGACAACGAGAAAUUGAAAUUCGGCGUACUGCAAUACAAUCAGCAGAGACAAUACAAUGCAUCACAGUACCAAAACUCAAGCAGAAGACAUUACGAGGAACCACAAUGGUACAGACCUAACGUACAGGUGCAAUACAAUCAGACUGCACCCAGGCAACAUCACCAACCAAUACACGAGAUCCGCAAAUCCCAAUAGGAAUCAUUCCAAACCAUAACAAAACAGCUAUACCCGCAAUUACAAGGACUACCUCCAAAUAAUCAAUUUCGCGGAAACCCUCAAAAAAGAGAACGAAAUCCUUCAUCUCAUAAUUCCAACGUACAGCAGAAUACGAGAACGAUGAUUACGAAACAGGCAGCGCUUUUUUAAGUCGCACGAACGAUUUGCCGUGUUUGCAACGCCACUGCAGGGAUACAGGCAAACUUAUUAACAUCCUGAUUGACACUGGAGCAACAAACAAUUAUAUAUGUACAAAAUGUAACUUAGGUAAGUCUAUUCAAAUUAAACCUGUAAAAGUGAAAACUCUUCAUGGUUACUAAAUAACCAAAUCAAAAAAAUAAUUACAUUGUUAAAACAUACAAAUAUGAUAAU